AGCAACCACAUUGAGAAAAGACAUGGAGAGGAAGGGAGAAUAAAGGGGAGGAAACAAAACAAGAGAUGGAAUCGAUGAUGGUAAAGAGUGAGCAGAAACAAGGAAUACGCCGGAUGUGCAUGGUAGAGGAAGAGGUCCAAGCAGCAAGAUGUGUAAAAAGACGGCAUAGAUGGACCCGUCGAUAUGAAGCUCACCUGUGGGAUAAACUCUCCUGGAAUGUAACGCAAAAGAAGAAAGGGGAAGAAGGAGCUUAUGAUGAUGAAGAAGCUGCAGCAAGAGCAUAUGAUUUAGCUGCACUUAAAAAGAGCAGUGGACUUUCAAGGGAAGUAUCCAAGUACAGGGGUGUUGCAAGGCAUCAUCACAAUGGAAGAUGGGAAGCAAGAAUUGGAAGAGAUUUUGGAAGCAAAUACCUCUACGUCGGGACUUACAGUGAGUAUACACAUAUUCUGAUCAAAUUAAGUGACAGAAUAAAUUAGUUUUUCCAUAAACUAAAGUUACAUCUAAUCUCGCCAUAGGUACCCAAGAAGAGGCUGCUCGUGCUUAUGACAUAGCUGCAGCUGAGUAUAGAGGAAUAAAUGCUAUGACAAACU